AUGCAUUUUACUUUAGCUUUCUACCUCAUUUAUAAAAUUAACCUUUAACCAAGUUCAAUAUGCAGUCAUUUAACCAAAUAAUUUGACUGAAUGUAUUUAUUUAUUGUAUAUAAGACGUGAUUCUUUAAUGUACUAUUUACAAGUACAUAUUUCUGUAUAAAAAUAUUUAAUGUUUUAAUAAACAUUUGUUACUAUCUAUAAUGAACAUUACGAGAAACAUUAAUUCAGUCAUUAACAGGAUAUCCACAGUCAAGGAACUACUAUUUUCAUCAAAAUAUUUGUUGUAUACAAAUGUAGCAAUAUCUAUUUCGCUCUCUGCAACUGGAGAUGUAUUAGAACAGCAUUAUGAAAUAUUAAAGAAUGAAUGGGAUAAGUGGAGUUCCAAUAGAACAAAAAAUAUGGCCAUUUCUGGAAUGUCCAUUGGUAUAGUAUGUCAUUAUUGGUACAGAUAUUUAGAUGCUAGAUUACCAGGUCGUAAAAUUGAUAUUGUUUUAAAAAAGGUUGUUAUAGAUCAAUUAGUCUGUUCUCCACUUUGUAUAAGUAUGUUUUUUUUGACACUAGGCAUUUUAGAAAAUAGUAGUUGGGCUGAAUUAAAAGCUGAAAUUAUUAAUAAAGCAUAUAAAUUAUAUGUAGCAGAAUGGAUUGUUUGGCCACCAGCUCAAAUUUUUAAUUUCUGUUUCUUACCUACAAGAUAUAGAGUUCUUUAUGAUAACACUAUAUCUCUUGGUUAUGAUGUUUAUACUAGUCAUGUGAAACAUGAUAAUCUAAUGUACAAUUCAAAAAAUUGCAUACAUUGACCUCUAUUUUAAAGAAAUAUAGUCAUCAAUUUUAAAACAAUUCCUAUUAUGUUUGUUAAAUUCUCAUUGUUCUAUUUAUCUGGUAUAAAUAG